CUCUUUUAUUUUUUCCGCUCGCUUCGAUUCCUUCUGCCUCUCCCAAAUCCCUCCGCAAACCCCCAUCUUCCUCUCUUCGCUCUCUCUGUCUCCUCUCAUGAUUAGAAGAAGAAAUCACGGCGUCUGCGCCUCUCCCCCUCUCUCUCCUCGGGAGUUUUUCUAGGGUUUGGUCUCGCCGUCCCUCGGGCUUCGUCUUCUUCUCGUCUCCAUGGCGUCGUCUUCGUCGACGUCGUCUUCGGCGGCGCCUAAGAUCUGCUUCAACUCCCACUGCAAGGAGCCGAAAUCGGAGGGCCCUCGGAGGAAGGCGUGGCGACUUCGCUCCGGCGAGUUCGCCGACCUCUGCGACCGCUGCUCUUGCGCGUAUGAGAAAGGAAGCUUCUGUGAAACCUUUCACUCGGACUCUGCUGGCUGGAGGAACUGCGAGACCUGUGGAAAGAGGGUGCAUUGCGGAUGCAUAGUAUCAGCCUCUGCUUACGUGCUUCUUGAUGCUGGAGGAAUUGAGUGCUUUGCAUGUGCGAGAAAAUCUGUUGUAAUGACACCUAAUCAGAUGUGGCCGUCUCCUUUGGUCAUGCCCCCACAAUUAUCCAAGAGGAAAGAUUUUCCUAUUAAAAGCUGGAAACAAAUGACCGGUCCAUUUCCUGGACAGUGGCGUCAAUCGCCCCAUAUUUGGAACACUUCUAGUAUCCAGUCUGAUUUGCAUCAACGGUUGUCGUAUGAAUUUGACAGGCCAAAUAACACAGAAAGAAUGAUUUCUGGGGGACGCAGUUCUAUUACAGCACAAGAGAAGAAAUUUGAAGAUCUGCCUGAGAAAAUAGGCUCUAGCAGCCUUAAUCAUGUUGCUCGAGACAGAUUUGCUAAUGGAAACAGUGGUCCGGAUCCUGUUUCUGCAUUUAGUACUUAUCAAAGAGAGGAAGGAAAUGCUGAUGGUCUUCAGGAUCCUGGCCACCUUGUCAGAGAUAAUGAUCCUAUGUCUACAAGAAAAGGAGGGAUUCUAGACCCUUGUUCAACCAGCUCUGUUGAUUCGCUCCCAUCAUCCACUUUAAAGGAAGACCCGUCGUCUCUGCUGAUUGGCUUGGCUGCGCCAUUUCCACCACCAAAUGGUGCAAAGGAUCUAUCCAGGGUUUCAACGACUCAGCCACAAAGGCAAAUGGCUCCUCAAUCGUCGAAACAAUUUUACCCACACAACGGAAUUGAUGGUGAACUACAAGCUCAAAUGCGCAAUGGAAGGCCUCGAGUGGAUGCCCGAGCACGAACACAGUUACUUCCUCGUUAUUGGCCUAGGAUAACAGAUCAAGAGCUACAACAAAUAUCUGGAGAUUCAAACUCUGUCAUUACUCCAUUAUUUGAAAAGAUGUUGAGUGCUAGCGAUGCUGGAAGGAUUGGUCGUCUAGUGCUGCCCAAAAAAUGUGCUGAAGCAUACUUCCCUACAAUCUCUCAGCCAGAAGGACUCCCUUUAAAAGUUCAGGAUGCCAGUGGCAAGGAGUGGGUAUUUCAGUUUCGUUUCUGGCCGAAUAAUAACAGCAGGAUGUAUGUUUUGGAGGGGGUUACACCUUGUAUCCAGUCAAUGCAAUUACAAGCAGGUGACACAGUGACAUUUAGUCGGAUAGAUCCAGAAGGGAGGUUGGUCAUGGGAUUCAGAAAGGCUUCUAAUGCCUCUGCUGAACAGGACACUCAAUCAGGUAAAGCUGGCAAUGGUUUCUCCACUUCUACAGAGGGUAAUAGCAAAAAUUCAGCAGGGGAUUCCAAUGCAAAUCUGCUUCUUCGACCUCUUAAAGGCAGUGCAGAAUCAAGGAACUCAAUAAACACAGCAGAUCAAGGAACCUGGUCUAAAUUUGACAAAUCAGGAUUUAUCCAAAAAGAUGGGCCUGCUGCCAGAUCUUUACAGGGCCCUAGUAAGAGGAAAGGUAGCACUCUUGGUUCGAAGAGUAAACGCCUUCGUAUUGAAAAUGAGGACUCCAUGGAGUUGAAGAUAACAUGGGAGGAAGCUCAAGAGCUGCUCCGACCACCUCCUAAUCAUGUCCCUACUACCAUUGUCAUUGAAGGUCAUGAAAUUGAGGAAUAUGAGGAAGCACCAGUACUUGGAAAGCGUACAUACUUUACCACAAAUCAAGCUGGUGAUAAUUAUCAAUGGGCUCAGUGCGAGGAUUGUUCUAAGUGGCGCAAACUGCCUGUUGAUGCACUUCUGCCUUUCAGAUGGACCUGUUCCGAUAACAAGUGGGAUCCUGACAGGUCUUCAUGUUCAUCUGCACAAGAAUUAAGUCUGGAUCAACUAGCGGAUUUGAUUCCUAUUAAAACUGGUGCUCCUAAGAGGUCCAAGGUUAAAGUAGAAGCUGACAACAUCGAAGUUUCGGACGGGCUUGACACCCUUGCUAACCUUGCUAUUCUUGGUGAGGGAGAAGCCAUACCCACUUCCUCUCAACCUACGACGAAGCAUCCACGCCACCGGCCUGGUUGUACCUGCAUCGUAUGCAUCCAGCCACCAAGCGGCAAGGGCCCCAAGCACAAGCAGACAUGCACAUGCAAUGUGUGUCUCACUGUCAAACGUCGUUUCAGAACGCUCAUGCUAAGACGUGAGAAGCGUCAGUCCGAGAGGGAAGCUGAGACCGCUCGCAAACAGCAGCAGCACAUCCAAUCACCAGACACGUUGCCUACCUUGGGGAAUGAUCCAUCAUCAGCUGGUCCUAGCAUCAAGAGUUCUCCUCAGAAAGUUGUGGUGAGUGAUGAUGGGGUGGUUGAGGAGGGAUCUGAGCAUACGAAAACGUCACCUUCUCCUUUGAAGGCCCAGAUUGAUUUGAACAUUCAGCCGGAGCGGGAGGAAGAACCAUCGCCAAAAUCAGAUGCUGGUGGGAUGAUGAGGCUCCUAAGAGAUGCUGCAUCUUAGUCCUUUUUAUGAUAGUUGAAAUAGGAGAGGUUAGUGAGCUUGGUCAGAAUGGAAGGUAAUAUGACUUGGAUCAUGGCGCAGUGUAAACUUGAUGGUGGCCCUCACAAUCUGGACCACAGGUUCCGGAUUCAUGCUUUUUUACUAACUGGGCACUGGUGAAAAGAUAAGUAGGCGCCCUUCAUUUUUUUUGAGCGGGCGUUGCUUAUCAAAUCUCACCAUUAUUCUGCUCAUCAAAGCCAUUGCCACCAUAGCUUUGUUCAAACCAUCCUCCAAUUCAGGCCAAAGAGCCAUGUGUGUAUAUGUUAAGCUCUAUAAGUUGGUCAGGACGCUGAUCCUGAGACAUACAUUUUCUUUUCCCUCAUUUUGUGGUUUCUUGUCUUGACAGCAGAGGAAUAUGAUUAGCUAAUUCGAGAAGUUCUUUACCUCAGCCUGCAAGGUUGAUGGUAACUCCAGAUGCCAGUUCGCAGAUAGAAAUGGAAUUUGUAACAAUGAGGGAUGAGUUACCCGAUGGGUGUUUACAGUGCUCAUAGGUGAACCUUACAAGGAUUGUAGCCUUGCAACAUUGUUGUCUCCUUUUUAUUGACUUUAUUAUGUGCAAGUAUUUUGUGUA